UUUGGGUUGGAUUUCCUGGUUCUAUGUUCAAUUUGUUCUUUUCUCUUUUCGUGCGAAAGUGUAAUCGACACUGAUUCUCACAACACACCGUGAGAGCAACACAUCUAUAUCACAUCUACGGUCAACAUGGCAACAACGAUGAGUACGCAAAGGGGGCAGGUCUUUGUUGGUGAAUUGCCUCAGGACUUCUUGAGGAUCGCACCGACUCAGCAGCAGCAGCAGGUGCAGUUAGACGCCCAGGCCGCCCGGCAGCUGCAGUUCGGAGGGUCUCUUGGAGCCGCUGGCCGUCUCAGUGUCACGGUUGUACAGGCAAAGCUCGCAAAGAACUACGGUAUGACGCGCAUGGACCCUUACUGCCGGAUUCGACUCGGAUACGCCGUCUAUGAGACGCCGACAGCUCACAACGGCGCAAAGAACCCACGCUGGAACAAAGUGAUUCAGUGCACCGUACCACCUGGAGUGGACUCCUUCUAUCUGGAGAUCUUUGAUGAGCGGGCGUUCUCCAUGGAUGAUCGCAUCGCAUGGACACACGUGACAAUCCCAGAGGGUCUGCAGGAGGGCAGCGUGGUGGAUGAGUGGUACAGUUUGAGCGGCAGACAGGGAGAUGAUAAAGAAGGCAUGAUUAAUCUGGUCAUGUCUUUUGCUUCAAUGCCAGCUGGAAUGAUGAUGCCAGCGCAGCCUGUGGUUCUGAUGCCGACAGUAUAUCAGCAGGGAGUUGGCUACGUGCCCAUUGCAGGUGUUCCCGGUAUGUACAACCAAAGCGUGGUUCCCAUGGGGAUGCCGGCUGCCCCACCCGUCGUGCCACAGAGCGCCGCCUGUAGUGAGGAGGACCUUAAAGCCCUUCAGGAUAUGUUCCCCAACCUAGAUAAGGAGGUGAUUCGUACCGUCCUGGAGGCCCAACAGGGAAACAAGGAUACUGCCAUAAACUCUCUGCUUCAGAUGGCAGAGGAGCUGUAACCGGACAACUGCUUCCGUACCAACAAUGUAGAACAUUAUACCAAAAAUCCCUGUAAAUAUGCACUCGUACGUCUGUCAGCCCUUAAUCGUAGCAAGUACAUUUAACAAGUGUUAUUGUCGUCGUUAAAUCUGCAUUCAAAAACAGAAUGUUUUCCAGAAGGUCUUGAUGAUUUUUUUAAUGACGUUGAGGGCAAACGUGUGUCCAGUAAGGACAGUAUACCAUAUCUUUAUUCUAGUGUUCCUGUGUCUUAAAGAUGUUAUGAAGAUGUAUGCUCUUAUCUGUAGGAAAUUUAGUAUCAUAAAUGUACAUGAAUAUAAUUUAUUUUGAAGAUUAUUAAAGAGCUCUGGGUAUGUCA